UGGGUGAAAGACCCGGCCAGCGCGGCGCUAGCCCGGGCGGCCCGUACGGUGAUUGGGCGCAGGUCCAGCCGGCGCGCUGAUUGGACGCUAGACACGGCCCUUGCGGCUAUUGGGUGCAGGUCCCAGCCUGGGCGCUAGACCCGGCCCGUGCGAUGCUUGUGCGCAGGUCCCGGGCGGCGGCGGCGACGGCGGGCGAUCCGAAGGAGGCUGGUGCUGGCUCUAUGGGGAGGCGGCGGCGGCGGGUGGACCCCGCGGCUGGGGCCCGGGCCGCGGCCCUGCCUGAGGCCAUCGCCGCGUUGAGUCGGUCGCUGCCCUCGGGACCCAGCCCCGAGAUCUUCCGCCGCGCCAAGUUCGACCGUCCGGAGGCGACCGCCGCGCUCUGGCAGCUUCUCUUCCGCGUGCUCGUGCCACUCCCUCUGGACAACCCCUUGGCUUCGCUCGCCCAGGAGGUCCAAGCCCGCUUGGUGAAGUCAGCACUGCGCUCCCGGGGCUACCCGCGGCUGGCACUGGCACAGCUCCCUGAGGAUGGCUCCCAGGGCAGCCGGGAGCUGCUCCUGGCUCUGUCCUGGCUCUUGGCCCGAGGACCUGUGCCUGAGCAGAUGCUGGCCCAGACCCGAGUGCCUCUGGGUGAUGAGAUGACUGUGUGCCAGUGUGAGGCCCUGGCCAGCCCUGGCCCACCUGCACCCCAGGCGCGAGCAGAGGAUCCUGUGGAUGUCCGCUAUGUGCAGUGGCUGAUGGGAAAGCUGCGGUUCCGCUGGCGCCAGCUGGUGUCCAGUCAGCAGGAACAGUGCACCCUUCUGAGCAAGAUCCACCUGUACACACGUGGCUGCCAUGGGGACCAGAGCCUUGGUCAUCUGUCCGUCACUGAAGCAGAGAUGCUCAGGGACCCAGAGGGAGGCCAGCAGGGUUUCUGCAGUGGGAAUCCCCGAAACCUGGACCUGGCCUACCUGAAGGGCUUGUACUUCUCCUGCACUCCUGGGAUGAGUCCCAGAACCUUCUGGAAGGAUCUGUGGCUGGUGUGUGAGCAGCCAGGCCUGCUGCUGGGUGACUGGCGGCUCCCUUGGGUCCUGCUGCUGCGGACUCUGGAGUGUGCGAACCGGCGCCUGGAGGCGGUCCUGGCGUGGCGGCGCACAGAGCUGGUCUUCUGGCGGUGGAUGGACACUGUCCUGGACACCUGUGCCCCCGGGGUGCCGGCUGCCGCCUCACAGGGCACCUUCCUGCCCCGGAUCCCUGAGCACAGAGGUGGUGAGUUGGAGCUGGUAGCAUGGGAGCUGCGGGCGCUGCAGGAGGAGCUGCAGGAAGCUGUGGAGUGCAGACGGGCAGCCUGGGAGGCCAAGUGGUGCUCGCUCUACCUGCCUGGGACUGUCGGACCUGCUGCUGGACGCCUGGGUGUCCUCCCUAAACACAGCCGUCACCUACGCAGGCUGGAGGCUGUGGAUGGGGGCCAGAGUGGAGUGCUGUGCGGCGGGCCUCUCGGGAGGCCGUGGAAAAGGAGCUGGGAGCUCUGCAGCGGUGCUGGGAGCAAGAUGGGGGCCCGGCCCAGCCCCAUGGGCCACACCGGCUGGUGAGACGAGAGGAUGGGGCAGCAGGGGACCAGGACCUGCGGGCAGCUGAGGUGAUCAGGACGCUGAGGAGCCAGGAGGCCUGCCUGGAGGCGGUGCUGUAUCAACUACAGGGACAGUGUCGGCAGGAACUCGCCAGGCUGGCGGGAGCCCUGCCUGGCCUCAUCUGGAUCCCACCGCCUGGACGCUGAGGGCUGUGGACAGGCACUCCUGUGGGAAACCUGCCUUGGCCUAGCCCGGCUGGGUGUUGGGGGAACAGAAAGAGGGCUGGGUGGCCGCAGGGGUGGGAAACCUGCCUUGGCCCAGCCUGGUUGGGUGUUGGAGGAACGGAAAGAGGGCUGGGUGGCCGCAGGGAGGGCAGAUGCAGAGCCCAGGUCAUGUGCUGGCUUCAGGGGCUGGGCUGGGCUGACUCUGGCCGGAGCUGAGGCCCAAGGCCAGCAGCACUGACCACUGGGUGUGGCCAGACCCCUGAGGGGGUUGUGAUGGCCCAGCUGGUGGUCUGGAGGGGACUCAGGAGUGAACUGUGGCAGCUUCCCCGUGGGCAAGGCUGCUGGGCCUCCUGCUUCACCCUGUCAGGCUUCCCUGUCUGGGGAAGGGGGUGUAGAGGAUCCCUGGGCUGUGGUGGGCAGUCUAGGGCUGACGGGGGCUAGAGGACAUGUGCACCCCAGCAAGGUGAGUGGCAGGUGGCACAGGCCUCCCCGGCACCGGAGUGCCAUGGACCCUGACCCCUUCAUCCGGUCUCCCCCUGCGGCCCAGCCCUCGCUGUGAGCACAGCCUCUCCCCCACCCCAGCCUUGGCUGUGCCUGGUGUGGCGCCGGAUGGGAGUCUGGGGCUCUGCUCCUUCCCUGGAGGUGGUGCUCCGGGUGGGGGCACAGCGUGGACAGAGAGGCUUUGUUCCAGAGGCUGCCCAGCAAGCUCAGCUCAGUUCUGACAAAGAGCCAUCUGUGUCCCCAGGGACGUGCCCCAGCCUGGCGGAAGGAGGCUUGGCCUCAUGGCAGCCCCCGCCCCCACCAGCAGGCACAGGUGGCCCUGCGGCCUCUCCUGCCUCCUUCACAGGGCUCCCUCUCUUCUGGGGCUGUCAGACUCUGGCCUGAGGUGGGCAGAGACGGGGCUGGUGGGGCCACCUCCAGGCUCCUGCCAGCCCUGCCCUGGGGCCACGUCCAUCCGCCUGCCAGAACACACCCUCAUUGGAGCCUUUCCCACUGGGCUGGGCCUUGCGCCUGUGUGGCACACCUGGGGAUGCAGCUCCAGCCUCAGCCUGUCCGGGCCUGUCCGGGCCUCCUCGGCCCUGGGGUGGACACACCGAGGCCGCCUGCUUCCCCAUUCCCGUGCCCGGGCCUCAGGAGCACCUCAGUACCCAGACGUGGCCAGCAAGGCCUCCCUUUCAAGAGCACCUCCCUGACCCGCUCAUGCGGCCUGGGCCCUGCAGGCUGUGGGCUGUGUGCCGAAGCACCAUGGUCUGCCCCUCUGCCGGCUCCUCCUAAGGGUUCCUGCCACUGCAGCUGCUGGGUCCAGCCCUGUGUCAGGCGCUCAGCCCUCAGCCCUCCUCCACUGCAGCCUCAAAGGUCCCUGGUGCCCGCAGCCAGCCUUGGCUUCUGGACAGGGCUUUUCUUAUGCUGGGAGCAGGUCCACGUAAACCCCUUCUAUAACCACAGACCCAGGACUCCCACGUGUAGGGCCACAGCCCUGCAGGGUCCUGGGGUGUCCCCUAUCGCUGCUGAGGCACAGGAUCUGAGAAGUAAAGAGACAGGACACAGGAGGACUGGAAAAGCAGCUGGGCUCGGGGGCCACACCACCUAUGAGCAGAGACAGGCGAGGCCCCGAACUUUCAGGAGCAUCUGUAUGUAUUGGGUGCAAGACUGGGAAAGGUAGUGAGUGAGGUCAUCUUAAGGACAGUGAUAGGGUCAAGACAAUCACGUGUCCAAUAAACAAGGGGUCCACCCCCAUUAGGUCCCCGAGGCAUGGAGGUGGGCCGUGCGCAGCGGAGAGUGUAGUGCGUAGUAUCUCUUGUCUAGGGCAGGCUACUUCCAAGGAAUUCUAUAGGCGGAUGCCCUUGAGACAGCAGCAGAGCUGACCUGGUCCACAGCCACCUGCUGGCAGCUUCCAGUGAGUUCUGCAGGAGGAGGCUUUUGCCCCAGCACAGCAACAAGAGCUGAUAAAGUUCAGUCACCAAGGUGAGAUUAUACCGGAGGGGUUUCGAACCCUCGGAGGCUCGUGGGAUUGCCGGUCUGAGGGCGGCCUUCCACAAGAACUGGAGCAGGGUCCUACAACUCCUUUAUCAGGAGUGGCUCUCGCCCCAAGCCUGCCACACAGUGGGUAUAUUCACGACACUGAACGCUGCCGCCUGGGCCAUGGAUUCCUGUCCUGGUAUAACUGCCUUUUCCCUAAAUCAUGCUCUGUACCGUGUCUGCUCUACACGUUCCUCUGACUAUGAACUAAGAUAUAAUUGUAUAUAUAUGUGGAAAUAACAGAGUUGUGGGAUAUUUUUCAGGCACUAAUUCUGUAAACUAUGAUAUAUAAACGAUUAUAUGAAGGAAAUAGCUGAGUAAUAACACUAUAAACUAA